AUGUUUACAAUAACAAAUAUUACACAUCCUACCGUGGACACCAAAAGACCGCUUCUGUUACUUCAAUCGGAACAUGGAGAUAAGUUUUUGUUCGGACAGAUCCCAGAAGGCACGCAAAGAACCUUUCCGGAAAACAAGACUAGGCUUUCCAAGCUUGAAUCGAUCUUUUUGACAGGUACGCUAAGCUGGGCGUCCAUAGGUGGGUUACCAGGCAUGAUAUUGACACUAUCAGACCAGGGCGUAAAAUCAAUGGCGCUUUUCCAUGGCAGGGAGAUUAUCAGCUUUGCAGUGGCUACUUGGAGAUACUUCGUAUUUCGAUUCGGAAUGAAACUCAGUACAAACGUGCUUGGGGAUGGACAGGUCUACGAAAACAAAAUUAUGCGAGUGAAGUCCAUCUUAGUCGAUUCCAGCACAAACGAUGAUGAGAAAUCUUCUAGUUUGCUGCCGAAAAACCUGAGUAGUGCUCUUCGGUACAUUGUGUCGAAAAUGUUCCCAUCACAAGAGCCGACUGCGAGGCACGAUCCUGCUUCGGAUUGUCAGAUGAAUGUUGAGAUUCCUCCACUUCAAGGAUCACCUACGGAAAGUACGUCCUACGAAAUCACGUUGAAGCCUGUCCGCGGCAAGUUUAGAGUUGAAGAGGCCAUGAGACUUGGAGUUCCGAAAGGUCAGCUAUUCGCCCAGCUAACGAAAGGUCAAAGCGUCACACUUGAGGGUGGCAAAGUAAUUGAACCGCAUCAAGUUCUUGAGAAACAGAGGGAUUUUGCCAAAGUGCUGAUUUUGGAUAUACCCUCAGACGCUUAUCUGCCACAGUUUCGCGAGAAGUUCAAAGAUUAUGACAUGUCCUUCCUUGGAGCCGUUUACUACUUUUUGGGUGAUAGUGUCACCAUCAGUAGGGACCUUAUAGAAUUGAUGGAACAUUUCGAUCAUGAUCAUAAUCAGCAUUUCGUCUCUCAUUCUAAGAUAUGUCCAAAUUCCAUCGUCUUUCAAAGCUCCGCAGUAACUACCUUGAAAUUAAAGGCCAUUCAACCACAAAACUAUAACCUACCGUUGUCUAGCAGAGUGUUAUCCAAAGAAUUUUACGAAUGCUUCAACAAGAGACUGCCUCGGGGGAACUCCGUAAUUCAGCAAAGUGAAGUGCCGUUGACUUCGACGAUCGGGGAGGAAAAAGUUCAUAUCAUGCUUCAAAAUGACAGUGUCGUUAUCGAGCCCUUUACUCAGGGAGAACAGCAGGUCAAACUAAAAUGUCAAAAAAAUUUCAAGCCUUUGCCGCCCUGGUCUUCACUUUACGAACGGCACAUCGCACCUUUGAAUAUCGUGAGCGCAAGCCAGGAAUCCGUAGUUGGAGGCGGAGGUCGCUCAAACAUUUUUAAUAAUGAAGCAAAAAAGGGCAAGGUUGAAAUCGUCACUAUCGGCACCGGGAGUUCAUUACCUUCGAAAUACAGAAAUGUAAUCUCCACGUUAGUUAAAGUCCCUUAUAACCUGAACGGUAAGUCAUACGACAGGAAUAUUCUUUUAGAUGCCGGAGAAAACACACUUGGGUCAUUGCAAAGAACAAUUGCAUCCGCUGAUUUACCGGAACUUUUCCGAAACUUAAGGCUUAUACACCUAAGUCACUUACAUGCAGAUCAUCAUCUGGGUAUCGCAAGCUUGCUCUCGGAAUGGUACAAGCAUAACGCUACAAACCCGAAUGCAACUAUUUACAUUGUAGUGCCAUGGCAAUAUCGGAUUUUUUUGAAGGAAUGGCUACCUGUGGAAGGUCAUAAAAUCGAAGAGAGGAUCAAAUUCAUCAGUUGUGAGCACUUGGUUGAAGGCGGCUAUGUCAGGAAAGAAAUCAAACCACUCGCUUUUGAAACCUAUUCAGAAGGAGGUGGACCGAAUAAUAAAAAGAGGCGCCUCGAGUGUGACGAUAAUUCAUCUUUCAGAGACCUUGAAACGAUAUCGCAAAUGUAUCGAGAUUUGAAGAUUCUUUCAUUCCAAACCUGUCGUGCUAAGCAUUGCGAUUGGGCGUACUCUUGCGCGAUAACUUUUUUCACAAGGUCGAACUCAUCAUCGGUCUUCAAAGUAUCGUACUCUGGUGAUACUAGACCAAACAUCGAAAAGUUUGCAAAAUCGAUUGGCAGAAACUCGGAUUUGCUGAUCCAUGAAGCAACUUUGGAGAAUGAGCUUCACCAAGAUGCGGUGAAAAAGAGACAUUGCACGAUAAACGAAGCUAUACAGGUUUCCAAUGAAAUGCAUGCGCAGAAGCUUAUCUUAACUCACUUUUCGCAACGUUAUCCCAAGUUGCCCCAAGUCGAUAACAAUAUGAAAAUUGAAGCCAAGGAAUACUGUUUCGCGUUCGAUGGCAUGAUUGUUGCGUAUGAUGAUAUUGGCAGGCAAGUCUCUAAGCUAGGUCUUCUGAAUAGUGUUUUCACUGAGGACCAAUUCUCCGAUGAUGAAGAGGCAUGA